CAUAAGGAAGUUGUUCUGGGAAAAAAUAAAUAAGAAAACAUGAGGCGUUGUUAUAGUGUAAGCCCCACCCCCAGCAUAUACUUUUGUCUGCCGACGUUUGAGACUUCAGAUCGAUUCCACACACCUGAGAGCUACAUUCACCUGUGGACAGGAAAAUCUGCCAAGAUGUGCUGCAAGGGUUUUCUCAAAGUUAUGAUGUUCGUCUUCAAUGGCGUCAUCUUUCUGGCAGGCGCUGCCAUAUUGGCGGUGGGCAUCUGGGUGGCAGUAGACAGAGUUUCUCUUCUGGGCUUUAUAGAGCACAUUGAAGAGGCGCCCCCUGAACUGGCACAGCUGGCAAACAUCGGCUACCUGCUGAUCGGCGUGGGAGUGUUUCUGACGCUCGUGGGCUUCCUGGGAUGCUGUGGAGCCGUAAAGGAAAGCAAAUGCAUGCUGCUCUCGUUCUUCACCAUUGUGCUCAUUAUCUUCCUCGUGGAGGUGGCAGCGGCGAUAGUGCUCUUCGUCUUUGAGCCUUUGUUUCAGAAAAUUCUGGAUGAAAUUGAAGGAAAAGUUGCUAAAAGCAUUGAGGACAACUAUGGCCGCUCGGAGAGUUUCACUUCAGUCUGGAACAGCACUAUGAAUGAGCUGAAAUGCUGUGGAUAUACAAACUACACUGACUUCAUGGGCUCUCCGUUCGUAAAUUCCACAUCACUGUAUCCUGUCACAUGUUGCACAAAUAGUUCUGGACCCUGCAAUGAAAUGGCAGCAAAAACAGAUAUUGCCGUGGGCUGCUUCCAGGCAUUAGUGAAUCUGGUCGAAGACAAUGCAAUUCUGCUGGCUGGUGUGGCUUUGGGAAUCGCUGCUUUAGAGAUAGCAGCAAUGGUUGUUUCUAUGAUCCUUUACAAGAAUGUAGGAAAAUGAAACCAGGACCAGCGACAUUUCUGUUUACAUCAUUGUUUACUGUGAAAUGUGUAACUAUUGAAUAUUUUAUCUGGAGUUGUGUAAAUAUCUGCUGCACGUAUGAACGACUUUAGCUAUAAAAUGUAGAUUUUUUUUUGUUCUUUUUUAAAAUAUAUAUAUUUUUAA